GAAGAAAAGAGAUCUUUGACGUAAAUUUCAUCCUUGAGAAUGGCAGAGACUGAUGUGGAUGAUGAUUAUGGCCUUAAACCCUCUGAGUUAUUUGCAAAACAUACAUGGAAGAUUGAGAAAUUUUCACAAGUCGGCAAAAAGGAGUUCCGUAGCAAUUGGUUUGAAGCUGGCGGAUACAAUUGGUAUAUUUUAAUUUAUCCAGAAGGAUGUGAUGUUAGCAAUUAUCUCUCAUUAUUUGUUUGUGUUGCAAACUAUGAUAAACUUCUUCCAGGCUGGAGUCAGUUCGCUCAGUUUACUAUAUCUGUGGUGCAUAAAGAUCCAAAGAAGUCUAAGUAUUCAGAUACUCUGCACCGGUUUUGGAAGAAAGAACAUGACUGGGGAUGGAAAAAGUUUAUGGAGUUACCCAAGUUACAUGAUGGGUUCAUAGAUGAUUUUGGCUCUCUUACAAUUGAGGCUCAAGUUCAGGUGAUCAGAGACACGGUGGACCGACCUUUUCGCUGCCUUGAUUAUGAUUACAAGAAAGUGCUUGUUAGGGUGUAUUUGCCAAAUGUAGAGCAAAUUUUCCGACGUUUUGUGGAGGAGAGAAUAAGCAAGCUUGAGAAGUUGAUAGAGGACAAGGCCAAAUGGACAUGCUUUGGUGAUUUCUGGUUAGGGAUGGACCAAAACUCUAGACAUCGGAUGUCUAGCGAGAAAAUGGACGUAAUCCUAAAAGAAGUUGUAAAACACUUUUUCAAAGAAAAGGAAGUUUCAUCUCCUGUGGUGAUGGAUUUCUUGUAUAGUGGAUUGAAGGAUCUUGAAGGCCAAACUAAGAACAAGAAAGCUAGCCCAAGACUGUUAGAUGACAAGGAAUUGCCAGCUCCGUUGGUUAAUGUGGACAAAGAUAUGUUCGUAUUAGUUUAUGAUGAUGUGUUGUUACUUCUAGAGAGAGCUGCUCUAGAACCAUUGCCUCCAAAAGAUGAGAAAUGUCCUCAAAACCGUAUUAAGGAUGGCAAUGAUGAAGAAGAUAUCAACAAGGAAGCUUAUGAGCGUGAUGAGAUACGUUUAACUGAGUUGGGUAAACGAACUGUGGAGAUAUUUGUUCUUGACCAUAUCUUUAGCAGCAAAAUUGAGGUUGCAUAUGAAGAAGCUAUUGUGCUAAAAAGGCAGGAAGAACUUAUUCGUGAGGAAGAGGAAGAAGCGUCGAAACGGAGCAAAGGGCUAAAAAAAGGUUUUGGGAAAUGUAGACUGAAUUAGGUUCGAAAUGUUUUCUGUUUUGCGUAAUUUUGUUUCGGUUUUCGGUACUUGAGAAAUCUAGACCAUAUGUUGAAUCGAAAUAGUCUGGUUUGGUUAAUUGUUGCAGAAAUUUGGUUUUGUUUUGGUUAACAAAGUAGCUCUCGAGAAGAGAAACACUUCAAAAUUAAAACUUGAAAUAUUUC